CUUCCACUCGCUGCUGGCUCCCUCUAGCAGGACCGCUGGAGUUAACUUCGGGAGAGGGAGGGGAGGUGCUCGGCGGUGUGGGGAACCCUGCAUUUUUUCAUUUAUACUCGGGAAACCGAAGGUGCCAAGGAGUUCGUGCAAUAAGUUAUUUUCCUAACUAAGAUUUAACAAUGAGCUGCGGGCCUUUGACGGGGCUCCUCGUUGUUCUCUGUGUGAGCAGCGCUGUUCACUGCAUGCCGAAGAACCUGAACAGAAUCCGGCGGCAGGCUCAGGAAAAAGUAUAUCCCGGCUUCGAAGAGGCAUCUUCUGUUUCUCAAGAUGGCUGUCACGAAAAUGGCCGAUAUUAUAGAGUUAAUGAGCAGUGGGACCGACCGCAUCUGAGUGGAACAUUGCUCUGCACGUGUCUGGGUUCUGCAGGAAUUAAGUGUAAAACUAAACCUGAUGCCGAAGAAACAUGUUACGAUAAAAUCAACGCGCGGUCGUACCGGGUGGGAGAGACCUAUGAGCGCCCCAGGGACGGCAUGAUCUGGGACUGCACGUGUAUCGGCUCCGGCCGGGGAAAGAUCAGCUGUACUAUUGCAAACCGCUGUCACGAAGGAUCAAAUUCUUACAAGAUCGGGGACACAUGGAGGAGGCUUCACGACACAGGGGGCUACAUGCUGGAGUGCGUCUGCCUGGGCAACGGAAAGGGGGAGUGGACCUGCAAACCUCUGGCGGAGCGUUGCUAUGACAACGCAGCUGGGACAUCCUACGUGGUGGGUGAGACCUUUGAGAAGCCCUACCAGGGUUGGAUGAUGGUGGACUGCACCUGUCUGGGUGAAGGCAGCGGUCGCAUCACCUGCACCUCUAGAAACCGGUGUAAUGACCAGGACACGCAUGCCUCGUAUCGCAUCGGAGAUACAUGGACCAAGAGGGAUUCCAGUGGGAACACUGUGCAGUGCCUGUGCACUGGAAACGGCCGGGGCGAGUGGACGUGCGAGAGGCACUCGUCCCUGCAGACCACCGUGCUGGGCACUGGGACGCGGGUGGUGACCGACCUUCAGGAGGCCGUGUACAGGCCCCUGCCCAAGCUCCCUGUGCCCGGUAGCUGCCUGACGGACGCCGGUAUGACCUACUACCUGGGCAUGCGCUGGAUCAAGACCCAAGGCAGCAAGCAGAUGUUGUGUACCUGCCUGGGGAAUGGCGUCAGCUGCGAGGAGUGGGAGGGUCACUCUCAGGUUUACGGGGGAAACUCUGAUGGGAAGCCCUGCGUGUUCCCCUUCGUGUUCAUGGGCAAGACCUACUACUCCUGCACAUCAGAGGGGCGGAGUGACGGGCAGCUGUGGUGCAGCACAUCCUCCGACUACGAGACGGAACACAAGUACUCCUUCUGCUUGGAGAAGAACGUGCUGGUGGUGACGAGAGGCGGUAACUCCAACGGCGCCCUGUGUCACUUCCCUUUCCUGUACAACGGCCGUAACUACACCGACUGCACGUCCGACGGGCGCCAGGAUGGCAUGAAGUGGUGCGGCACGACCUACAACUACGACGCAGAGAAGCAGUUUGGCUUUUGCCCUAUGGCCGCUCACGAGGAAGUGUGCACCACCAGUGAGGGCGUGAUGUACCGUGUGGGAGAUCAGUGGGACAAGCGCCACGACGUCCUGGGCCACAUGAUGCGCUGCACGUGCACGGGGAACGGACGCGGCGAAUGGAACUGCAUCGCUUUCUCUCAGCUCAGAGACCAGUGCAUCCUGGAUGGGCAGACGUACGAAGUGAAUGAGACCUUUAACAAGUUGCACGAGGAGGGCUACGUCAUGAAUUGCACCUGCUUUGGUCUGGGCCGCGGCCGCUGGAAGUGCGACGCCAUUGACCAAUGCCAGGAGCCAGAGACUAAGGCGUUCUACCAGAUCGGAGAAUCUUGGGAUAAAGUCAUCCGGGGCAUCCCAUACAAAUGCUAUUGCUAUGGCAAUGGCAUCGGGGAGCUGAGCUGUGAACCGCAGCAGUCUUACCAUGGAGGCAAUGCACCCAUCCAGGUGAUCAUCACAGAGACUGGAAAUCAGCCCAAUUCCCACCCAGUCCAGUGGAAUACACCACCCUCUGCCCAUGUUGUGGAGUACCGCCUGAAGUGGAGGCCGAAAAACACCCGCAUUUCCUGGAAGGAGGUUGUUAUUCCCGGCCACCUCAAUUCCUACACCAUUGCUGGGCUCAAGUCAGGUAUCACCUAUGAGGGUCAGCUGGUCAGCAUCCUUCGUAGUGGCCGCCGUGAAGUUACCCGCUUCGACUUCACCACGACCUCAGGUUCCCUGGAAGCCUGGGAAGGUGAGACCACACCACCACCGCCUGUGGUGGACAUCUCCGAGUCUGUGACCGAGAUUACCUCCAGCAGCUUCGUCAUCUCCUGGGUGUCUGCCUCGGACAUGGUGUCAGGCUUCCGAGUUGAGUACGAGCUCAGUGAGGAAGGAGCAAAGCCCAUGAUCUUGAACCUCCCACAGACUGCUACGUCUGUCAAUAUCGAGGAGCUGCUGCCUGGCCGCAAGUACACGGUGAACGUGUACGAGGUGCCAGUCCAUGGAGAGCCCAAGCUCAUCCUCACCACGUCCCAGACCACUGUUCCUGAUACCCCGACUAAUUAUCAGGUUGCCGCAAUAGAUGAGACCUCCAUCACAGUGGUCUGGUCUAGGCCCCUGGCACCCAUCACUGGAUAUCGUGUGGUGUACAGUCCCUCAAUAGAGGGUGGCAGCACUGAACUCACUCUGCCUGACACUGAUACCUCGGUGACCCUGAGUGAGUUGACACCUGGUGUUACGUACAACAUCAGCAUCUACGCUGUAGAAGGGAACCGGGAGAGCAAGCCUCUCUUCCUGCAGAUCAGCACUGCCAGCGAACCUCAGACAGUUCCCGAUACUCCAACUAACCCCUGGGUUACUGUAGUAGAGGAGACCUCCAUCACAGUUAUCUGGACAAAGCCUUCGGCACCCAUCACAGGUUAUCGUGUGGUGUACACUCCAUCAGUAGAGGGUGAGAGCUCAGAAGUCACUCUGCCUGACACUGCAACCUCAGUCACUCUUGGUGACUUGAGACCUGGACUUACAUACAACAUCAGCAUCUAUGCUGUAGAGGAGGAUGCGGAGAGCAAACCUCUCUUCAUACAGAUCAACACCGCUGGUGAACCAGAGAUAGUUCCUGAUACUCCAACUAAUCCUGAAGUUACUGCAGUGGAUGAGAGCUCCAUCACAGUUGUCUGGUCUAAGCCUUUGGCACCCAUCACAGGGUAUCGUGUGGUGUACACUCCAUCAAUAGAGGGUGAGAGCUCAGAAGUCACUCUGCCUGACACUGCAACCUCAGUCACUCUUGGUGACUUGAGACCUGGACUUACGUACAACAUCAGUAUCUACGCUGUAGAGGAGGAUGCGGAGAGCAAACCUCUCUUCAUACAGAUCAACACCGCUGGUGAACCAGAGAUAGUUCCUGAUACUCCAACUAAUCCCGAAGUUACUGCAGUGGAGGAGACCUCCAUCACAGUUGUCUGGAUGAAGCCUUUGGCACCCAUCACAGGUUAUCGUGUGGUGUACACUCCAUCAAUAGAGGGUGAGAGCUCAGAAGUCACUCUGCCUGACACUGCAACCUCAGUCACUCUUGGUGACUUGAGACCUGGACUUACGUACAACAUCAGCAUCUACGCUGUAGAGGAGGAUGCGGAGAGCAAACCUCUCUUCAUACAGAUCAACACCGCUGGUGAACCAGAGAUAGGUCCUGAUACUCCUGCCAAUCCUGAAAUUGUUGCAGUGGAUGACACCUCCAUCACAGUCAUCUGGACUAAGCCCCUGUCUCCCAUUACCGGGUAUCGUGUGGUGUACACCCCAUCAAUAGAGGGUGAGAGCUCAGAAGUCACUCUGCCUGACACUGCAACUUCAGUGACCCUUGGUGACUUGAGACCUGGAGUUACGUACAACAUCAGCAUCUACGCUGUAGAGGAGGAUGCGGAGAGCAAACCUCUUAUCUUACAGGGCAACACUGCUGGUGAACCAGAGACAGUUCCUGAUACUCCAACUAACCCCUGGGUUACUGCAGUGGAUGAGACCUCCAUCACAGUUGUCUGGUCUAAGCCUUUGGCACCCAUCACAGGGUAUCGUGUGGUGUACACCCCAUCAGUAGAGGGUGAGAGCUCAGAAGUCACUCUGCCUGACACUGCAACCUCAGUGACCCUUGGUGACUUGAGACCUGGACUUACGUAUAACGUCAGCAUCUAUGCUGUAGAGGAGGAUGUGGAGAGCAAACCUCUCUUCAUACAGAUCAACACCACUGGUGAACCAGAGAUAGUUCCUGAUACUCCAACUAAUCCUGAAGUUACUGCAGUGGAUGAGAGCUCCAUCACAGUUGUCUGGUCUAAGCCUUUGGCACCCAUCACAGGGUAUCGUGUGGUGUACACUCCAUCAAUAGAGGGUGAGAGCUCAGAAGUCACUCUGCCUGACACUGCAACCUCAGUCACUCUUGGUGACUUGAAACCUGGACUUACGUACAACAUCAGCAUCUACGCUGUAGAGGAGGAUGCGGAGAGCAAACCUCUCUUCAUACAGAUCAACACCGCUGGUGAACCAGAAACAGGUACCGGUAUGCCAACACAUUAUGAGAUUGAGGAGGUUGAGGAGGUUGAUGGGACCACCAUUAGGGUAACCUGGUCUAAGCCCUUGGAACCCGUCACAGGAUAUCGUGUGGUGUACACUCCUGGUGGGAGCUCACAGGAGGGAGGGAGAGAUAUCCUUCUGCCCGAAACUGCUACCUCAGUGACCCUGGAUGACUUGAUACCUGGUAUUACAUAUAAUGUCAGUAUCUACACUGUAGAGGAAGAUGGGGAGACGAAGCCUCUCUUUGUGCAAGUCAACAGUACCGGCGAACCUAAGACAGGCGUGGUCCCAUCCCCGACAGACCUGGAGUUCUAUGAUGUGACUGACGUGAAAAUGAUCAUCUGGUGGAGAAGUCCUCUGAGAGAGGUGCCGGACUUCCGCGUGACUGUCACCCCCGUGAGGCGUGACGGUCCCCAAUCACAAGAGCUCCAGCUGACUGUGACGCGUAACACAUACGUAGAGGUCACCUCACUCAAGCCUGGCACCCUCUACCGCGUUCACGUAUACACUGUCAGAAGUGGGGCAGAGAGCAAGCCAUUGAUUGGAGAACACGCAACAAAGUUGGACACACCCACUAAUGUUGGGUACAGAAAUGUGACUGAGAGCAGUGCCGUGAUUAUGUGGGGUCCUCCACGUGCCACCAUCUCAGGCUACCGCCUGUUCCUGAGCCUGGAAGGCUCCAAUGUCAAGCAGCUGAAGAUUCCCCCGCGUCUGUCCCGGUACACCCUGCUGAACCUACGGCCAGAUACCCAGUAUACCGUCACACUGCAUUCCGAGAAGGACAGUGUGUUAAGUGAGGGUGUCAACAUCACCUUCAUCACUGGCCGACCCAUGAGAAAUGCCCCACGCUUCACUACUGACAUCACCAGCACCUCAAUAACCAUCUCCUGGAGUCCAGAGCGCAAAGUUGGAUACAAGCUGACGGUGAGGCCGAGUCUGGGUGGCGAGGCCCCCAGGGACGCAACAUCAGACUCCGGCACCAUCUACGUUUCCGGAUUGACCCCCGGCAUUGAGUACACCUAUAGUAUCCAGCCCGUUAUCAAUGGCCAAGAGCAAGGCACCCCAAUCACACGUCGCGUUGUCACACCCCUGUCCCCGCCCACCGACCUGACUGUGACACCCAAACGAGACACCGGUGGCCUGACAGUCCAGUGGACCGACGCCGAGACUCCCGGCAUCACAGGCUACCAUGUGACCUGCACCCCAACCAGUGACCAGAGCAGUAACUCCCUGGAGGAGUUCGUGAGCCCGGAGAAGAACUCCUGCGUUUUGGAGAACCUCACCCCUGGCCUGGAGUACAAUGUCAGUGUCUUUACGCUGAAGGACCGCAUGAAAAGCGUGCCUGUGUCCACCUUAGUCACCCCAGAUGUCCCUCAGCUUACUGAUCUCAGCUUCGUGGACGUCACCGACACCACGAUCGGCCUGAGGUGGACUCCGCUGAACCACACCUCCAUCAUGGGCUACCGCAUCACGGUGGUGGCCGCGGGGGAGAGCAUCCCUAUCUACGAGGACAUGGUGGAGCCCACGAAGGACUAUUUCACAGUGCGCGGCCUGGAGCCUGGCGUCAACUAUGACAUCAGUGUUACCACUGUCACCGAGGGCGGAGAGGGCGAGCCCAUCACGCACACACAGCAUACCGCUAUUCCUGCUCCCGCCGAACUGACAUUUGACGAGGUGGGCCCAGACACAAUGAAGGUGACCUGGACCGUCCCGUCUGUGCCCAAACCCAGAGACAUCACCCACUUUGACGUCCAUUACCAUCCGAGCAACAACGUCGACAACAUCAUAGAACAUCGUGUCCGCGGGGACAACAGCAUCAUUCUGCGUGACCUGCUACCAAACACGGAGUACUUUGUGAGUGUGGUAUACAUCUACGAAGGCCGUGAAAGUCUGCCGGUUACAGGAACUCAGAGAACAGCACUGGACUCCCCUACUGGUCUGGACUUCUCAGAGGUGUUCACCAAUUCCUUCACCAUUCACUGGGUGGCCCCUCGAGCCUUAAUCAGCGGCUACCGAAUCCGCUAUCAGAUGGCCAGCGGCGGCCGUGCCAAGGAAGAGCGGCUGCCUCCAACUCGGAACCACUUCACCCUGACAGGCCUGGCACCCGAGACGGAAUAUAUCAUUAACAUCUAUGCCAGGAGCGGUCAUGUGGAGAGUCUGCCCCUCACCGGUCGCCAGGCCACUAUCUCUGAUGCCCCGACUGACCUCAAAGUGGUCUCCUCAACACCCACAAGCAUUUCCAUCAGCUGGGAUUCCCCUCCUGCCACCGUCAGGUACUACAGGAUCACCUACGGGAAGUCAGGGGGUCACGAGGCGCCCAAGGAUUUCACCAUCCCUGGCUCCCAGUCGACGGCCACGAUCCAGAACCUGCGGCCCGGCACAGCCUACACCAUCACGGUUUACGCCGUGACGGGACGAGGGGACAGUCCAGCUUCCAGCACACCCAUUCACAUCACUCACAAGACUGCUGUCGAUGCUCCCUCGGGGAUGGAGGUGACGGAUGUGAAAGACACCUCCAUUACAGUGCGCUGGAACCCCGCCCAAACUCCCGUCACAGGAUACCGGGUCACAGGCACCCCCAAGAGUGGUCACGGUCCCUCCUUUUCCGAGGUGGUUGCCCCUGACCAGACGGAAUUCACCUUCUCGGGCCUGAUGCCCACUAAUGAGUAUGAGCUGAGUGUAUAUGCUCUGGGCCAGAAUGGAGAGAGUCCACCAUUGGUUGAGACUGCAGUGACAACUGUGGACCGGCCCAAAGACCUUGGCUUCUCCAACGUGGAAACCACCUCUAUGAGGAUCAGCUGGGAGAGCCCAGAUGGGGUGGUAACAUCAUACAGGGUGUUUUACUCUAGUCCAGAGGAGGGUGAACGAGAGCUGUACCCUGCCCCCCACGGGGAAGACGAGAGUGCUGAGCUGCACGGCCUGCGCCCUGGGACGGAAUACACCAUAAGAGUUAUCGCCGUACACGACCAAAUGCUGAGCACACCCUUGGAGGGGACACAAGCCACAGCCAUUGCUGCCCCCACCCACCUCGAGUUUUCCCAUGUGGGUCCCACAACCUUCACGAUCACGUGGGCAGCUCCCAAAGCAGAGCUGUCUGGGUACCGUGUGGUUGUUAAUCCAAAGAGCAGGAAUGGACCACCCAAGGAGUUCAACCUGGCUCCAGAUACCACCCACGUUGUGAUACCAGGACUAAUGGUCAGCACAGUAUAUGAGGUCCAGGUCUAUGCUCUGAAAGAGACCGUCACCAGCCGUCCUCUCCGGGGGGAGAUCACAACUCUGGACCAUAUCAGCCCCCCUCGGCGUGUGCGUAUCUCAGAUGUGAAAGACUCUUCCAUCACUCUCACAUGGCGCUCAAAGACUGAGACCAUCACUGGCUAUCUCAUCGAAGCCAAGCCCUCCAGCGGUGGCCAUCUGCCCCUUCAGUGGACCGUUCCGCCCCAAGAGCGUGCCUACACCAUCACCGGUCUCCAGCCUGGUACCAGCUAUGUCAUUCAGAUCUACACAAUGAACGGAGCCUCUCGCAGUGAUCCCUUCACCCUCACUGCCACUACAGUUAAACCAGUGGUGGAACCUCCUACCGACAUCCGUUUCAUCUCGCUGACACCCGUCAGCAUCUCAUUUGCUUGGGAACCUCCUCGAACCCGCAUCACCGGCUACUACAUCACCUACCAGGAGUUGGGAGGAACCCCCAAGGAGCUCACUCCUCGUCCGCACGCUGGCAUGAGCUAUGCUACAGUCACCGGUUUGAAACCUGGCACUGAGUACAUCAUCAGAAUCACUGCCUUGCAAAAUGGGCAGAGCAGCGUCGCCCUGGUGGGCAAAGCCACAACCCAACUGGACAUGCAGCUUCCAGUGCCUGAACUCCCUGUGCAUCGCCUCCCUGGCCCUGGCGUCCUCGACGUGCCCGAAGACACGAGCGAUUUCGAAAACAACAACGUGCAGCUUCUGGGCACCAGUGGACCAGAACUCCCUGGCCAGCACGGCCAGCACAUCUACACAGAGUACCAGAGCCUGGGUGGCAACGGGCAGCACCCGCUAGCACACGGCCGCCAGCCACUGGUCUACGUGCCCCAGGCGGGCCCCGACGGGGUUCGCGUACCCGUGGUACGGCUCGAUGAGGACCCGGUGCCAGGCUUUCCUUUGUCAUUUGCAGAGAAUGAUACAGGGAUCCCUCAACAAGCGCUAACGCAAACCACCAUCUCCUGGAGGCCACUGCAGCACAGCGCUGCCUACUUCGUGUCCUGCUAUCCCCGCACCAACCUCGAAGAGAAGAUGUUCCAAAUGCGUCUCCCAGGGACGGCCACCAGCGCCACGCUCAUCGGCCUGACCUCAGGGGCCUCAUACAACGUCAUUGUGGAGGCCCUUAAGGGUUCGCUCAAGCACAAGAUCCUUGAGGAGAUUAUCACUGCAGGCAACUCAGUUCCAGAGGGCGUGGCUUCCAGCACUGACGUGUGCUACGACACCUUCACGGCCACCUACCACGACGUGGGCGCAGAGUGGGAGCGCAUGUCUGACAGCGGCUUUAAGCUGUGGUGCACAUGUCUGGGUCUAGGCAGCGGCCAUUUCAGAUGCGACUCGUCCAAGUGGUGCCAUGACGGUGGUAACAGCUACCGCAUUGGUGAGAAGUGGGACCGCCAGGCUGAGGAUGGUCACAUGAUGAGCUGCACCUGCCUGGGUAAUGGAAAGGGCGAGUUCAAAUGCGAACCACACGAGUCUACCUGCUACGAUGAAGGAAAGGUGUACCGCGUGGGGAACCAGUGGCAGAAAGAGUAUCUGGGGGCCAUUUGCACUUGCACUUGCCAUGGUGGACAGCAGGGAUGGCGCUGCGAGAACUGUAGACGGCCAGGCGGAAACGUGGAUGGAAUCCUGGUGCAACCGGUGAACUCUGAUACGUUCCACCGCUACAGGGAAAAUAUCCUACGCAAAAUGAACAUCCAAUGUCCCAUUGAGUGCCUCAGACCAGAGCUGCUUGUAGAAACCCAAAAUAAUCCUGAGCAGUGAAGGAGUACCUCCCCUCCAACUGCUCCAGUCACACCAAGGAGACCCACAUGAAGGCCCCUGCCUCAGCUGUCGUGCCUCGCCCCUCUGAACAGCGUCCUGUAGCUGCUUCUCUGCCUCGCCAUGUUGUGACCAAAGACUCCCGCAAAGCCUCUCUCCUCCUGCACGUAUUUUUGGUUUUGUGAUUUGUGCGCGUUUCUCUUUGGUUGGGUGUGUGUGUGUGUGUGUGUGUGUGUGUGUGUGUGUGUUUUCCUGCUAUUUGAGUCACUUUAUUGGUGGAAAAACAUUCCAAGUACCGUUUUUUUUUUGGCAAGCUAUUCCCCAUUGAUUACCUACUAGAAUUGGGGUCUGCAAUUCUGAUCUAUGAGUCGUGAUCCCGCCCACACCUUUGACUUCACCAUAUAUGGUCAUCUAGUCAAAGCAUUGGUCCCCUUCCCCAGAGAGCCAGAACUGUCCAUGCAGUGUUUUAAAGUAACUGUAAAAUCUUAAUGUCUACCUGUCCAGUAUUACUGUCACUUUUCUUUUGUACUUCAAGGCAACACGAAUCGAACAUUGUUCUAGAAAAUUCUGAAUGCGUUCUGGGGUUUUUGCGAUUGCAGAUUUAUGUGUUGACAUGUUUCUGUCUGGGCCCCUGUUCACCAAAGAUGGGAACCUCACCAUUUCUGUCACUGAUUAAAUCAAAACCGUCAACAUUUUUAAGAACUGCCUUUAAUAGCCCAUUUUAUAUAUCCCUUUUAUUUGAAACAUUUGUGAUUCUGCAAAUUUUGAGGUGUAAACUUUUUAUUUUAUUUUUAUACUAUAGUUGCCGAAUCUUUACUACUGUGGAGAAAAAAAAAAAUCCUUUUUAAUAAAGUUUCUCUAAGAAUGUCAA